AAGCUAUAAAGAAUGUGGUUGUAACGACGGCCCUUUUGACUUUAAUUUAGUCAUCAUUCUCAACAUGUUUAAAAUCUGUAUGUGUACUUGUCUUCUCCUCGGUUUGACGAUUGUGGAGAUGAAGGUUCUCAAAGUAACGGGCCAUGUUGGGGAAAAGGUGACAUUUAAAUGUUGUAACUGGAAAACUUGGACGGAAAUACGAACUAAUGUUAAGUAUCUUUGUGAAAAACCAUGCAAACAAGACAAGCACAUCAUCAUCAAAGCUGCACUUAGUAUGACUGAGAAUAAGGACAGAAUACAGAUAACAAACGUAGCUGAUUGUUUGUUCGUGACUUUCAUGGAUCUCAAAUUGUCAGACUCCAAAACAUAUUAUUGUGGAGUGGAGCGAUUUAUCUGGGAUUCAUUUAUAGAGGUGAAUCUUCAAGUUAUUGAUGGUCCGAUAACCUCUGUUAAAAUAACUACAGCUGGGUUGACAUCAUCAUUUCCUGUGACAACAACGAGCACCAUGUCCUCAAGGUUGGAUAUGACUACAAAUUCAGCUUUGUCAUACAGCACCCUUCAUGACACAACUACAGCAACUGCAGUGAAAGGAGCCGGAAGUGUACCGUACCUGAUUGUAGGUUUCAUUGUGACGAUAGUUUCACUGAUUGUCCUGUUGCAGCUUAUGAGGACUAUGAAGAGACAACAUAAAGUGGUUGGAGGUUCUCUUGAUAAUCCACAAGACAAUACAGAUGUUGAUUCUGAUUAUGAGAACACCAGACGUGAAGACCAGCAAACUGAAAGCCAAACUCUGCCUUUGACACCAGUCCACCUCUCUACUACCAACGCUGACACUGUCUUAGAAAGUCUCUAUGAAAAUCAUUCCUUUCCUAUGUAUGAAGUUGUUUCAAAAGGUGAAUCUGCAGCAAGUAUAGUCCCAGAUCCUUUAGAUAACAUGAUAUAUUCUCUUGUUCAACAACCCAAAGAGAAGAAUGAAGACAUUUGACAAUCUGGCUCAACUCAAUGCAAAAGCAGUGAUGAAGACUUUUCAUAUUCCUUUGCCCAGCUACCAAAGAGAAUGUGAAGAAAGCUACUGGAAUUGAAAUAAAAUCUUAUAACGUAUGUAUUUUAUAAUUUGCCCCUGUCUAGUGUGCUUCUCUUAUGUUACUGCUAUCCUUUGCACUUAAUGUAAACAUGCGUGAGAGUAUGUGAAUGAAUGAAAGUGAGUGUGUGGCUGUGUGU